CUCUACACCACCAUUGGCGGCUGCCACGCUCCUCCACCUCGACCUAUUCGGUUGCCGGUGCAGGUGUGAGCGUGCAACGCUGCAGCAAUGGCGCCCGUCUCCUUCCUCGGGCUUACUUUCGCCUUGCUCUGCUUCGUCGUCUUCUACUACUUCCACAUCAGGUCCAAGCGCAAGAACCCAGCUCUCCCGCUGGACUGGCCGCUCGUGGGCAUGCUCCCAGCGCUCCUCGGCAACCUACCGCGCCUCCACGCUCCCAGCGCUCCUCGGCAACCUACCGCGCCUCCACGACUGGGUCACCUCCGUCCUCGUCGCCAGCCCGCUCAGCUUCCGCCUCGCCGGCCCGCCGCGCUCGGGAAUGCAGCUCUUCAUCACCGCCGAUCCGGCCAACGUUCGCCACGUCUUCACCUCCAACUUCCCCAACUACCCCAAGGGCCCCGAGUUCGCCCAUAUCAUGGACAUUUUCGGCGGUGGUAUCUUCAACGCCGACGGCGACUCCUGGCGCCGUCAGCGUGCCAAGGCGCAGCUGCUUAUGUCCGGGCCUCGGUUCCGAGCCUUCGUAUCCAGCUGCAGCCGCCGCAAGGUCGAAUGCGACCUGCUCCCGCUGCUAGCCCGCAUCGCCGGCUCACGUUCGACACCACGACCACGCCGGUCUUAGGAGUUGACCCUGGCUGCCUGGCCGUCGGCUUCCCGGAGGUGCCGUUCGUGCGCGCCAUAGAUGACGCCAUGGAUUUUCUCCUCGUCCGCAACUUGCUCCCGCUGUCGUGGUGGAAGCUGGUGCGGCGGCUCGGGCUCGGGUACGAGCGGAAGAUGGCGGUGGCGUGGCGCGACAUCGACCGGUUCAUCGGCGACACGAUCGCCAAGCGGCGGGAGGCGGUGAAGGCCACGGGUGGGAUCGAGGACUCGGCGGACCUGCUCUCUUCCUACAUCGACGACGACGAUGGCGACGCCGGCAGCGGCACGGUUGUCGACGUAUUCCUCCGCGACACGACCAUGAACCUUAUGAUCGCCGGCCGGGACACGACCGGGUCGGCGCUGACCUGGUUCUUCUACCUCCUCACCAGGAACCCGGGCGUGGUGUCCAAGAUCCUCGCAGAGCUCGACACCAUCAAGACCACCACCACCACCACCCUGGACGGCAUGGUGACCUUCGACCCGGACGAGCUCGGCCGGCUGGUGUACCUGCACGCGGCCCUGUGCGAGUCGCUCCGGCUGUACCCGCCGGUGCCGUUUGAGCACAAGGGCGUGGUGGCCGCCGAGGCGCUGCCGAGCGGGCACGAGGUGCGGCCAGGGGACAAGAUCCUUGUGUCGCUGUACGCGAUGGGGAGGAUGGAGGCCGUCUGGGGCAUGGACUGCCGGGAGUUCCGGCCGGAGCGGUGGAUCGGGGAGGACGGCAAGCCGCGGUACGUGCCGUCGUACAAGUUCGCCUCCUUCAACGCCGGGCCGCGGACCUGCCUGGGCAAGGACAUGGCCUUCGUGCAGCUCAAGGCCGUGGCGGCCGCCGUGGUGAGAAACUUCGAGGUGGAGGCCGUGCCGGGGCACGUCGUCCAGCCCAAGAUCUCCAUUGUUCUCCACAUGAAGAACGGCUUCACGGCCAGGAUCAAGAGGAGGCAGGUGAUGAACAGCUGAUCCAGAGUUAAAGUUAGGCUGGGUGCGCGCUCUCUGUCUCCAUCGUAACAGGCUUAUGAAUGUUUGGAAUA